GAAACAAAACAAGAUUCUCCUUUUGUCACCAUUUGGGAUUGAGUUGUCGUUUCGUUACUGCAGACAGGCAUGUGACUAACAUGUGUGUAUUUUGCUGCAACACAAAAGAGAAGCGGCGUUGUUAUUGUUGUAACCCUUGCAUCGAGCAGAUAACCGAUGUUGACUUACACUGUAAUCGCUGCUAGCAUCUUUAACCUCAGAACUGGAUGCACUGGCACAAUUGUCUGCCUGCGAUUGUAGUCACCUUUUUAUGAAACCGUCUUAGGAUUUUCAUGCAUGCUCGCUUCGCUGCGGAUCCUCUACAGAAGAGGUUGAUUAGCCUGCCUAAAAUCCGAGCAUUGAGCGCCUUCGUCGGCCGCAGCACUCAAGCGAUGCCGCGGUUCGAUAUCGGCCCAGCCGCAAAGCUACAUUUAACUAGCUAGCGCUACCCACACGAAGCAAGUUGCGGUAAAUGGUUCAACCAAGUCCCUGGUGUGUGGUGGGUAAAAUGUACCCUUUGCACGUUUGUUUACAUGCCGUAUGUUAGAGAGGGUAUACAAGACACAUACAUAGCUGAUAUGGCACAUGUAAGAGCAGUCGCCAACGUUCCUAGCUAGCUGGCUAGCUAACCAGCUCUGUUUGUUUACGAUGUGCUACUCGAGCUUCGCACAUUUUUAUUUGAAACGUUAUUUACAACUUAUGCCGUCUUUUUACCGACUUGCUUUAACCAUUUACACAUGGGAAAUUCAAACAAACGUUUUAAAUUAGAACUCAAAGAGUGAUUUGUCUUAGGUUGCCAGUAGUUAUACGAUGAGCAGGUGUACGUAAUCGUGAAUGUGGUUAAAAUUACCAGGGUGCUUAAAUCGUUUUCAUGUAAGAGUUCUUAAGCCUCAUAUAAAUAGACUUCAGAUUUUAGCAGCACUUUAUAAGUGGACCUGCUGAGGUGGACAUGAACGAACGUCCUCUGUGACGUCAUGCAACUCAGCAUGUGGACGGACAAGAUGAAGAUGGGGACACCAACGGCGUAGUGACUGCAGGCAUGAGUCUCCGCCAGCCAACCUCCACCCUUGACAGCCCCUUCGCUGCUUGGCUCAGCAGUCUCACCAUCGGAGACUCGGAGCGCAAGUCCUCCCAAAUUACCCAGCAGAGGGAGCCACAGACCGACGUCCCAAAUGAGAGCGGGGGUGGCGGCCUCGUUCAGAGAUGUGUGGUGGUGCAGAAGGACCAGCUGGGUUUCGGCUUUACUGUUUGUGGAGAGCGCGUGAAGCUGGUACAGAACGUGCGAGCAGGCGGUGCAGCCGUCAAGGCCGGAGUCCAGGAAGGGGACCGAAUCAUCAAGGUGAAUGGCUCGCUCGUGUCCUCCAUGACGCAUCAGGAGGUGGUGAAGCUCAUCAAAUCCGGAACGUAUGUCGCGCUCACACUACAAGGGCCGCCCCCUUCCGCGGCCACCUUGCCUCUGGAACCCCUCCCCACUGACCUUGCACCCAAUCAGAGGAUGUUACCAAGCAGGGAGGGUCCAACCUCUCACCCUUCCCAAAAAAUCACUGGACCUAAGCCACUCCAGGACCCGGAGGUGCAGAAGCAUGCCUCUCAGAUACUCAGGAAAAUGUUGGAACAGGAAGAACUAGAGCUGCAGGUUUUGAUGCAGGAGCAGUUGCGGAACCCCUCGCCAUUUUUAGAGGAAAGAAUUGAGAGUGCCAAGAGAAGAGCUAAGCAAGUGCGUGUCAAGCUUCAGCAGGACAUGGACGGACUGCGGUCGGAAAGUGUGUGCAACUACGUCACGGCGGGUGAAGCAGGACGCUUGUCCCGGGACCCGAGUGAAGGAGACGGUGUAGGCGGCUCAUCUUCUCUUCUGCCGGCCAGCCCUGUUUGUGAUGGUACCCCUCCCACCCAGGCCCUUGACAGUCCCCACUCCUCCCCCUCGUUCUCCUUUCGGAGUCUUCUACCCAGACAGCACAGCUCUGAUAUACACCUUCCCUCUGAUUCGAGCGGGAAGGCCCAAAUCAUCGGGCCAGAGGAAGAAGACGAGGAAGAUGACGGUUACGCGUUCAAUGAGAUGGACGGCCCCUUCCAGGACAUUGAGCUGCUGAAGUCACGGCCCGCCCACAUGACCGUCUUCAUGAGAUAUGUCUUCACCCAGCUGCUGGAUCCCAACCCAUUGCUGUUCUAUCUGUCGGUGGAGGCAUACCUGAGCUCCACUCCCAAAGACGCUCGCUCACUAGCACCGCAGAUCUGCUCUCAUUUCCUGGAUCCAGACGCUCCCUUGAAGAUCAAAGUAUCAGAAGACUACCUUGCAGACAUUGAGAGCCGCCUGCAUGCUCAAGAGGACAUCCGUGGGCCGCUGUCCGAGUUGCAGCAGCAGGUGUUGCCCGACGUCCAGGAUCAGAUUGUGGACUACAGGAACAAGCAGAUGAUGGGCUUGGGUGCUCUCUUUGGCGAAGGUGACCUACUGCUCCUGGACGGGGACCCACUGAAGGAGCGGCAGGCGGUGGACAGGCAGGUCACUGCCCUCUGGGAGAUUCUGUCAAAGCACGAAGAGGACAGAAGCUCUCCGUUGGCGUCGGCUGUGCUUCUGUACCUGCGUCAAGCCGGUGUCAAGCUGCGAGACUCCAAGGUGUUCCCUGGUUUGAGCACAGAGAAGGAAAAGUGGCUGACGUUCCUCAAGACAAAAAAGCUAAGCGGUACGAAGAAGGAAAAAGAUGGCGAGGACAAAAAGAGGAAUCCCAUCCUUAAGUACAUCGGGAAACCUCGGAGCACGUCUCAGUCCACAUUCCAUGUCCCCUUGUCCCCUGCUGAAGUCCGUCCUGGAAGUGUGAGAAACAUCAUUCAGCAGUUUGAGAACCACUCGGAGACCGGGGUCGAAGAUGGUGGCAGCCCUCAGAUGUCUCCGUCCAGCAGCCAGGGAUAUGAUGGCGUGGACAAUCCAAGUGUCCCUGUGCGUCUGGCGCGCAGUGAAUCUUUGAAGGCUCAGGGAGAAGGUCGGAGGCGGGGCAUCUCUUCAGGAAGUGAGUCUGUUCCCCGCUCUCGUAGUGACGUGGACAUGGAGGACCCCAGAGAGGAGCGGGAGGGCCCCGGCCUCAGGCCACUGCAUCACAGCGCCUCAUCGUCUGCUUCUGGCAGCUCCGCUCGGUCUCUGGAGAACCCUACUCCGCCGUUCACGCCACGCUCCAUCCGCAGGAGUACGGAGUCGCCUCUGUCCCUGCUGCCGGACGAGGAGGAAGUGUGCGAAGGUCAAAACUGGCAGGAGACGGUGCCGGCACAGCUCAUUGCCGCGCUGAGCUCGAGAGAGGUGGAGCGCCAGGCCGUCAUAUACGAGCUCUUCACCACUGAGGCGUCGCACAUGCGUACACUAAGAGUGCUGGACCAAGUCUUCUUCCAGAAGAUGAGAGCAGUGCUCAAUGCUGAUGAGCUAGCUUGCAUCUUUCCCAACCUGCCACAAGUCUACGAGCUGCAUGCCAGCCUGUGUGAGGCCUUGAGGAAGCAGAGGGAAUCUCUCAUUGUUCAAGACAUCGGUGAUGUCAUGUUGGCCAGGUUUGAAGGCGCCGCUGGCGCAGAGUUUCAAGAGCAGGUGUCACAAUUGUGCAGGCAGCAAUCUCAGGCACUGGAGCUCAUCAAGAACAAGCAACGCAAAGACCCUCGCUUUGCCCACAUUGUUCAGGAGUGCGAAGCGAGUCGUCACUGUCGCCGCUUGCAGCUCAGGGACCUGCUGGUGUCAGAAAUGCAGAGACUGACCAAGUACCCGCUUCUUCUUGACAACAUCAUCAAGCACACAGAGGUCGCCUGCGCUGACCUUCACGCCCUCCAACGAGCGCAGGCCUGUUGCAGAGGAAUCUUGCAAUCCGUGAACGAGGUCAUCAGGGAGACGGAACACCGGCAGCGUCUGGGCCAAUACCAACGCAGACUUGAUGCUACGCCACCAUUCAAGAAUCUGGACCUCAGCACCAAAAAAAUGAUCCAUGAGGGACCGCUGAUAUGGAAAGUCGGCAAAGACAAGCAGUUAGACAUCCAAGCCCUCCUGCUGUCAGACUGCUUGGUGCUGUUGCAGCGCGGCCCUGAUGAGCGGCUGCAGCUGCGCCAUCCAUCCCGCUGGCUGGGUGGCGGUGGCGGAGACAGCAAGACGUCCUUCAGCCCCGUAGUCAAGUUGGACUCACUGCUAGUGCGCUCAGUCGCCACAGACAACAAAGCGCUUUACGUCAUAUGCGCCACUGAGAGGCAGAUCUACGAACUAGUGGCGGGGACGGCGUCGGAAAAGAACAUCUGGAAGGAUUUUCUGGAAAAAGCGAUUGCCUCCGCCUCGAGCUCCCAGCCAACCAAUCACAGCUCAGCAGCCAUUGUCCUCCAAGUCAACCAGCCACUAAACCAACCGUUUCCUUUUCCCAGUUCACCCGCUCUCUGCGGCACGUCCCCUUUAGCAGCACGAGGCCCCACCUUUACAGAAACCACUUUGAUGGUGCAGUCUAACAACCAGACCCAGGGUGAAAGAGUUGCAGUGGGUGUGGCGCAGGCCGCAUUGCAGGACGUGGAGACGCUGCGACAGCUCAUCUUAUUCGACCUACAUGAUGAUGCCUUGUGCCACGUCUCCCCUGACACGACCAAUGAAAGGAGCUCGUCAAGUGUCAGCCAUGUAGAGGCAGAGCUACACAGUGGCGCUGAAGUUGUAAGAAAAGGUAAUGGCUUUAUAUAUUUUUUCCUUUUUCCCCUCCUACUUUGUACUCAUUCUCCUCACACACACGCACACACACACACACACACUCACACACACAUACCUCUCCUCUACAAAGCUGUGGUGGCGGGCUCUUCUUCUGUCUCUGUCCAUGAUGGCAUCACAGAUGAUGUCACGAUGAUAGCUGAGCAAUUGUCGGCGCCAAGCCGGGCCACCGUGCACGGAAACAUGUUCUACCUGGUCUUGCCCACCCAACAAGGCGAGAGCGCCACAGACGAUCUGGAGAGUAGCCAUCCGCCAGAGGCUUUGCCGCAGUGUCACGUGAUCAAAAACGUCGACGAGAUAUUUGGCACCAUGGAAAACUUGAUGAGCAAGCUGCGAGAGCUGAAAGACAUAGAGAAGGAGCAUCACAAGCUCCUAGCCUCCCUCCGAGAGCCAGCAGUCAAUCUUGAUGAAGUCGUAGAAGAGGAGGCGUGCCGCUCCGCCACAGUCUCCAGGACACCGUCUCUAGAGCGCGGCUCGGCAGACGGCAAUGAAGGAAACCCCGCCCAGCCCAAAAUACUGUCCACUGGAUUUUGAGGUCCUGACUGGGAGGAGACUCACUGGAACCACAAUGGGCCAGUGACCUAUUUUGAAGAGUAACAAUCACCCCAGCACUUUACCCACGAUGCAUCCCCAUAGACCCCUCCCACCUUUAGCCGACUGACUGUGUUGGAAUUCUUCAGGGUUAGCAUGUGUAAGGCCACGCCCACUACUGACUGAGCGCUGUCUUUACUACUACUACUGCUGCUGCUUAGCUUAGCAUCAAGACGUAGUGGGAGGCUGUGCUAAACUAACCCCUUUUGUCACACAAAAAAACAUGUGUAUGGCGAGGAAAGCGGCGCCACAGUGUUUCACUUACUGUUGGUGGAUGUGAAGGAAGGAGCUAGUAGGCCACUAGACGGCGUACCAAAGUGAUGACAGGAUGUGAUUGGUCUAGAAGUGUCACAUUCUACCUCCACGUCUCUUCUACACACCCGCUCAUGGACGCAUCGAUUUUUUUUUUAUUUUUUUUAAAGUGUUGCACAAGCGAAACUACUGUAUGAACUCACGUCUUUAAUGUGUGUGUGAAUGUCUGUAUGCAAGUGUGUGUGUUGAACUAAUGUCAUCCACAUCAUGUUUUCUAUGUUGUCUGCCUUGGUUGUGAUUGGACAAGGAUGAUGUCACCUUGUGACAUUAAAAAGAAACCAUAAACUUGA